AUGUCCUCGAAGCGCAAGCUAUCGUCGCUCGGGCUGCAGCGCCGGGUGCGCCCUCGACGCCAGGAUUCACCGGCGCCGGAACCGCCUGUCGACCCCGAGGCGUCGUCUGAAGCCGAGAGCGCCCCCGACGAGCGCGUUGGCCGCGGUGGAGGCGACGAGGACGACAGCGAGCUAGACGACCACCGGCGGCAUCGCUCACUGUCCGACUCAGACCAGUCCGACUCAGACGCACCCCCCAAAGUCAACCUCUCCGCCGUCUCCUUUGGCGCCCUAGCCCGCGCCCAGGAAUCCCUCCCCACGUCCCGCCGCCCGAAACCCGCCGCCCAGCCUCCCGAAACCCUUGCCCCCAGGACAGACGAAGCCCGCCGCCAACACCGCGCCCCCGCCUCCGCGACCCCCCGGCCCAAGCGCUCCUCCAAGCACGCCCCGCAGGAGCAGACCUCCAAGCGGCCCGUCUCGCGCCUGCGCGAAAUCAUCCCCGACACGCGCCGCAAGCCCCGCGACCCUCGGUUCGACCCCCUGGCCGGCAAGCUCGACGAGACCAGGACCCGCAAAGCCUACGCCUUCCUGGACGACUACCGGGACAGCGAGAUGGCCGACCUGCGGGCCCAGAUCAAAAGGGCCAAGAACCAGCCCCUCGUGCAGGAGGAGCUCAAGCGGCAGCUCAUGUCGAUGGAGUCCCGGAAGAAGGCCCGGGCGAGGAAGGACGAGGAGGAGCGGCUGCUGGCGGAGCAUCGGCGCAAGGAGAAGGAGCUGGUGGCGCAGGGCAAGACGCCUUUCUACCUCAAGAAGAGCGAGCAGAAGAGGCAGCUGCUCGUGGGUCGGUACGAGAAGAUGAGCAAGCGCCAGGUGGACAGGGCGAUGGAGAGGAAGCGCAAGAAGGUUGUCGGCAAGGAGCGGAAGGAGCUGGAUGGGCUGGUGGCAAGGAGAUGA